ACUCUGAGACAGACAGAGACAGCGAGUCGGACGUCCUGAGUGACGGAGGGGAAUCGAACUCCGGACAAACCGCUGCACCGCACACUCCAAACAAGAUGUGUUGUCUUUAGAGCGGCUGAGUCACUGGAUCUGCUCCGGGGGAAUAUCCUGUUUUCUUUCUCUCUCUCCUUCUCCCUCCUCUCACCUCUCGAUGCUGUGCUUUGGGAUCUCUGCUCCUAACCCGCCUCAUUCAUCUCCUCGUCUUCCUCGUCUUCCUCGUCUUCCUCAUCCUCCUCAGCCCAAACGCUUCGAGUUACACUUCUUUUCCAGAACUUUACAACCCAACAACCUGGGACAGACGUUUGAACAGUUCCUCUUGGACUAAGUGGAUUCAGAGACCGGUCUUGGGAUGAACUUACCGGAGCCCAGGUUGUCCAGAGAGACCGUUCUGACUCUCGGGGGUCACUGGACGUCCAGAACCCCGAGUCCCACUUCUGAUUCUGAAAUGGGUUUUGAGCGGACCCUGUCCGAGGACUGCGGCUCCCCCGACGGCCUCGGAGCCCGAGGCGUGAGGAGAACCGAACCGAGGAUUUCUCUGACCCCCGGUUCAGGGGGACAGAGCCCGGACCUGGCCCUGGCGGGAGGGGUGUCGGUGGGCACGGCCGACGGGAAGGUGGUGGGGGGGGAGCAGAGGAUCCGCAGACCCAUGAACGCCUUCAUGGUUUGGGCCAAAGACGAGAGGAAGAGACUCGCGCUGCAGAACCCGGACCUUCACAACGCUGUGCUCAGCAAGAUGCUCGGUCAGUCGUGGAAGAACCUGAGCGCCACAGACAAGCGUCCGUUUGUGGAGGAGGCCGAGCGGCUGCGUGUGCAGCACCUCCAGGAUCACCCCAACUACAAGUACCGGCCUCGCAGGAAGAAGGCCACCAAGAAGCUGAAGAGGGUCGAACCGGGGAUCCUGCUCCACAGCCUGGCCCAGGGGGGGGCGGCCGGCCUGGGGCUGGGGCCUGACGGUGUCUCUGGAGGUUCUGCAUAUGGACACCCCCACCCCCACCCCCACCACCUGCUGCCCUCUCUGGGUCACUUCAGGGACCUGCAGGCCCCGGGACACCCGGAGCUGGACAGCUAUGGCUUGCCCACCCCGGAGAUGUCCCCUCUGGAUGUCCUGGACGAUGGAGAGUCUGUGUUUUUCCCCCAACACAUCCAAGAGGAGGGGGUGAUGGGAGGUUGGAGCGGGUACCACCACCACCACCACCACCUCCACCAUCCUAACCAGCAUUACAGUCCCCACUACAGCAGUCCCCACGGCGCGGUGCACCCUCAGGGCUCCGGGAUGACCUGUCCGGCCGAGUCCCACCUGAGCUCCGGCAGGUUGAACCCGUCUCAUGCGUCCUGUCACCACGUCACGUUACGCAGUCCUGUGAAGUGCCCCCCCACUCUGUCCCCCUCCCCUGCAUCCUACCCCCCACCCUCCAUCAGCCUGUCUGAGCCAAUGAAAUGCCACCAAACCCCCCUGAGCUCCGCCCCCGUCGGCUACUUCAGUCAAAUGUGUGGGAACUCAGCUCAUGGCACCGCCCACUUCCCCCCCUCUCACCUGGGGCAGCUGUCCCCUCCCCCUGAGUCCCCCUCCUCCGCCCCCGUCCCUCCAUCUUCUUUUCUUUCUCACGUGGACCCGUCCCACCCGGAGUCCAGUGGACACCUGGGCUCCUCCUCUGCUGACUUCUGGUCUGAGGUGGACAGACACGAGUUCGACCAGUACGUGAAUACUGGGAGGAGCCGAGACGAGGCCUUCGGACCGGGUGUCGGCUGUGGGGGCGGGUCCAAAGUCCCGGGUGGGCGUAGCAACCUGUUGGGGCCGUGUGAUGACGGCAGCACCCCCCUGAUCUCCGCCCUGUCGGACGCCAGCAGCGCCGUUUACUACAGCGCCUGCAUCACUGGAUAAACUCCUCCUCCUCCGUGGCCACACCCCGCUCAUCUGAGCCAUGGCUCCACGACGAGGAGAACAGGGGGGGGGGGGCCUUCACCUCGUGUCUCACUGGGAUUUGAACCUUCGAUUUGUUACUAUUCAAAUUUAAUCUUAAAUGAAUCAUUUAGUUGUACAAACAUUUACUGGAGUUCGAGCUACAGGCUAAUGUGGCUAAUCUGAGCCAUGACAGCUGCCUACUGCCCCCUGGUGUCAGGCUGCAGUUAGGAUCUUAAACCCCUCCUCCUCCAUGUUAGCAGAUGGGACAUGGACCAAACUAAAACAUCAGAGUGGACACUACAUGUUGGUGAAGAAGGUUUCUGUCAUUUCAGGUAGUUCCUAUCACACUGAUGUUUGUGUUUUAAUUAGUUAUUUGAUGAUAUCAAAACAAGCUCAGACCUCAUGAUUGACAGCUGAGACUGACUCCUCAUUGGUCGCCCUAGAUUCUCAAACCCUAGAUAUUUUGUCUUCAUUGUGGGGCAGUGGGAGGAGGCGGAGCCGCUCUGUAGAACAGAUCUGUUCAUCACAGGACUGUUUGGAGGAUUUGGGACGUUUAGGUUCAGGAGCAGGUUUUAGUUUUUGCUGAUCAGCAGCUUCUGUGGAUUCAAGUGAACAGUAGAGUAGAAGUACGCUGACAUGAUGCGUUGUUCAUCGAGGAGGAUGGAGCCGUUUUCUUUAGUCACUCAGAUUCUUAUCAAAGACCAAAUACAAGGAAAUAAAGAAACAGUUGAGCUGUGAUGAGUUAUUCAGAUGUUCUCUGUCUCUCUGUCAGCACAAUGCUAGUUAGUGUUCAUUCAGACUGUUAGUCCUGCUGCACAUUCAGGAGGCUCUAGAUCUGAAGGACACCAGCUUGUCUCAGUUGAAGUGCCGUUGAGCAGGACCCAGAGCCUGGAGCUGUCUGCACUCUGAACCCUGAGGUGACACUCCAAGAACCAAAGGAACAAACUUUAAAUGAACUGAUCACCAGAGAAAUCCACAUCUGUGAUCUUUCGUCAUUUUUCAUCUCAGGACGAAUAAUCCUCCCGACGUCCUCAAGUCAAAUUCAUCUCCGAUCGAAGGGACCAUGAAUCUCAAUGAAGAACAAACUCUGGAGAUGAACAGACAGAAAAACCUCGGCCAUGGACCAGAACCAAGAACCACUGACGUCUCCCACCAACCAUCAGGGUGCCUCACCAGCAGGCUCGGGUUGGUUCUGACCCUGAUUCCCAGUCUAUCGUCUGUGACAGGACCUCACGUCAAACUGGUCUAACAAACAUAUCACUCCCAUCAAGAGUCAGAACGGGCUUAUGUUUCCAUCCAGGAUGAACUGAAGGCGCUGUUUCUGCUCUUCAUUUCAUUUACGAUAUAAAAGGGGUUAGGGUUCUGAGGGUUCUGAGGGUUCUGAGGGUUCUGAGGGUUCUGAGGGUUCUGAGGUGUUGAGGCUCAUGGUUUGUGGAGACGUUUACUGUUUAGAUGCUGAGGGAGAAACUGAGACUAUGAACUGUUCUCUUUGCACUGGGUUUAAUGUCUUGUCUGUAUAGAGGGAACUCCACUUAACACAAAUCUAAAGUCCAUAAUGUUAAACACUUUUUGUACAGAAAGAGAUGUGUGGUUGUUUUAUAUAUUUGUAUUUAUCUCAAAGGAAUGGUUGAACAUCUUAGGGAAUGAACUAAAGAGAUGGAGAUCAGAUCCAAAUCCCUCUCAUGUGAGUUCAGUAAAUCUGUUGUAAAUAAGAAAUCAGACACAAGAUGGCGGAGUCUUUAUGCUAAGCUAUGCUAAGCUAUCUGCUUCCAGUUCAGAUGUUUCUCUCUCAACAAUAAAGUGAUUUAGAAAGUUACCAAAAGCUCUCCUCUCAAGAUGUGAGUCUGAAUUAUAAUGUAAACUUUAAAACACAAAGGAUAUGCGUUGGAUCUGUGACAUGAACAUGAAACUGCUCCACACCAGAGUCAUGUUCCUUCAUUACUGGAAGUUCACAUCAGGAUCUGUGGUUUGUGCAGAUAAACCAGUUGUGUCCAGGUCUCUGUGUGUUUAUGUAGCAUCUUUCCUGUAAGACUUCUGUAUACACACAGCCUCCUCAAGGACUGAUCCUGCAUCUGUUCUGCAUUAGCUGCACAGACAAGACUUUCUUCUACAUGAAACAGUAGAAGAAAAUGGAGCGUUCUGCCCAGUGAAACCAGUUCUGUUCACCACAUCGUUCCUUGUGGCUGAAAACAGAGGAACAUUGGACUUUUCCAAACAUUUCCUCUGGAGGGCCGAGCCGCAGGCCAGCAGCAGUUCAAGCUUCAAGCAUUAAAACAUAUUUCUACAUCUGCAUUUGACAUUCUUCUCUGUUGACACCAAACAGUCUUGUUUCCAUUUUAAUUGACCGUGACACACAAAGAACAUCAGAGACAGGCGUUUCUGGAGCCGUGCAAUAACUCGGGGCUUUUGGUAAUAAUUAUCAGAAGGGAAAAAUGAAACACCCAAGAUUUAGGGAUUAAAACAAGGAACAUUUUCUCAGCAGUCGUAUAACGACAAAUUAAAACCAGGAGUUUCCCAGAAGCGUCACUGUGAUUCUUCUGAACAUGUCUGACAGGGAGCAUUUAUAUAUCUCCUCUAUAAGAGUAGAACAUUGUUUUGUUUUUGUUUGUGUUUGAAACGUGUUUGUUGGUUGUACAUGGAUCUGUUUUGUUUCAUAAAGUUUUCCACAGAAUAAACAAUCAAAUAAG